AUGUCAAGGGAGACAUCAGGAAUAAAAGAGAAACCCGGGCGGUGUCAAGGAAGACAUCAGGAUAAAAGAGAAACCCGGGCGGUGUCAAGGGAGACAUCAGGAAUAAAAGAGAAACUUUCAAGGGAGACAUCAAGAAGAAAAGAGACACGUGAGUCAGUGUCAAGGGAGACAUCAGAAAGUAAAGAGAAACGUGAGUCAGUGUCAAGGGAGACAUCAGGAAGUAAAGAGAAACGCGAGUCAGUGUCAAAGGAGACAUCAGGAAUAAAAGAGAAACUUGAGUCAGUGUCAAGGGAGACAUCAGGAAUAAAAGAGAUACUUGAGUCAGUGUCAAGGGAGACAUCAGAAAGUAAAGAGAAACGUGAGUCAGUGUCAAGGGAGAUGUCAGGAAGAGAAGAGAAACGCGAGGUAGUGUCAAGGGAGACAUCAGGAAUAAAAGAGAUACUUGAGUUAGUGUCAAGGGAGAUGUCAGUAAGAAAAGAGAAACGUGAGUCAGUGUCAAGAGAGAUGUCAGGAAGAGAAGAGAAACGUGAGUCAGUUUCAAGGGAGAUGUCAGGAAGAGAAGAGAAACGCGAGGUAGUGUCAAGGGAGACAUCAGGAAGAGAAGAGAAACGUGAGUCAGUUUCGAGGGAGAUGUCAGGAAGAAGGGAAAAACGUGAGGUAGUGUCAAGGGAGACAACAAGAAGAAAAGGACAACCGGGGAACAACAUGACUCCAACAAUUCUUGGGAAUAUGGCACUUCUGUAUUCCACUCGUAUCUGCAGACUUCCUGCAUGCAGAAUUAACGAGGAGUACCAUGACCUCAUGAACCUCCGGUCCGUAUUUCUUUUUCCCAACAAUGCUUGGGAUGUCAAAGCUGUCGGUCUCUAUGGCCGGAAAAUAUCAGAAUGUUCGUCAUUCAAUUCCACCCUGGCUUUAGAAUGUGCCCUAACUGGGUCUAGUUAUCCCAAUAACUACCCGUCUCAUCAUGAAAUACAGGCGCGUGGAAUAUGA